UGUCUAUGCAGCGGUGCCUCGUGUUUACUGUGCCAAUGUUGUCCCAACAGCAAGAACUCAACAGUGACACGUCUUAUCUAUGCCUUCCUCCUCCUCCUCAGUACUGUUCUUUCCUGCAUUAUGCUGGCACCAGGGAUGGAGGAACAACUGAAAAAGAUACCUGGAUUUUGUGAUGAUGGGCUUCAUACUCGGAUACCGCAUAUGAAUGGCUUUGUCAGCUGCGAUGUGUUUGUCGGAUACCGAGCUGUCUAUCGAAUCAGCUUUGCCAUGGCAGUGUUCUUCUUCCUCCUCUCUCUGCUCAUGAUAGAAGUGAAAACAAGUAAUGAUCCACGAGCCUCAAUACACAAUGGGUUCUGGUUCUUCAAAAUUGCUGCCAUCGUGGCUAUCAUGGUUGGAGCCUUUUACAUUCCUGAAGGGCCUUUCACAAGAGCUUGGUUUGCUAUUGGUGUUUUUGGAGCCUUCUGCUUCAUUCUUAUCCAGUUGGUGCUGCUUGUGGACUUUGCUCACUCCUGGAAUGAGAGCUGGGUUGAGAGAAUGGAAGAGGGAAAUUCUAAAUGUUGGUAUGCAGCUCUGCUGUCCUGUACAAGCUUGUUCUAUGCCUUGUCGCUGGUUUUUGUUGUGCUCUUCGGUGUUUUCUACACAAAGCCUGAUGACUGCACUGAAAACAAGUUCUUCAUAAGCAUUAGCGUAAUCCUGUGCUUUGCUGUCUCCGUCGUUUCUGUCCUUCGAAAAGUUCAGGAACAUCAGCCUCACUCUGGCCUCCUCCAGUCCUCUGUUAUCACGCUCUACACCAUGUAUCUCACUUGGUCAGCCAUGUCCAAUGAGCCUGAACGAAACUGUAAUCCAAGUUUGCUGAACAUCAUUACCCAGGUAGCUGCGCCCACAGUCAGUCCGGCAAAUACCACUGUCCUGCCUGCUACUCCAGUGCCGCCCAAGUCCCUGCAGUGGUGGGAUGCCCAGAGUGUUGUUGGAUUGGUCAUCUUUGUCCUGUGCCUCUUGUAUUCCAGGUAGGAUCUGCACUGCUGUCGCGUGAGAGACAGUU